AUAGGUCAUUACCCGAGUGGGCGUGGUCGCUGCUACCCCUUGGCUUGAGAAUUCGUUCAUUUCUGGAUUGAUUUUGCCUUCUUAGGUGGAGCUGUAGUUUUGUGGCCGGCCAUGGCGUACCAAGGUCACGGUCAAGCUCGUGGGUACGGUCCUCCGCAGGGUUACCCCGGGCAACCCCCUCCUGCUGGUUACCCCGGGCAACAGUUUCCGCCUCGUGGAUACCAAGGGCAGCAACCUCCCCCUGGUGGUUACCCCGGGCAACAACUCCCUCCUGCUGGUUACCCUGGACAACAAGCUCCUGCUGGUUACCCUGGACAACAAGCUCCUGCUGGUUACCCCGGACAACAAGCUCCUGGCGGUUACCCCGGGCAACAAGCUCCUGGCGGUUAUCCCGGGCAACAAGCUCCUGGCGGUUACCCCGGGCAACAAGCUCCUGGCGGUUACCCUGGGCAACAAGCUCCUGGCGGUUACCCAGGACAACCACCAGCUAGCGGACCACCUGGGUGUCCCCCUGGGGUUGACCCUAGCGUUUACUCCUGGUUUGUUGCCGUGGACGCAGACAACAGUGGCUCCAUCACGGCCACGGAGCUCCAGCAGGCACUGACCAAUGGCAACUGGUCUCAUUUCAACCCCGAGACCUGCCGUCUAAUGAUCGGUGCAGUAGUUACACUUACACUUACCAUACAGCAGGGAAAUAAAAAUAAUAAAAGAAACAUUAUUCAAAUCAGAAGUAGAGUGGAACCCCUCUCUAAGGACACCCCUGAAAUGAGGACAUGUCCCCCUAUUACCUUUCUUUCCCCAAGAACAGAUAUUGUCUGUGUGUUUUUGGCUUAUGUACGUCAUGAACCCCUUCUUUUCCUAAUUCUAUUUCUUGUGUUGUGUUGUGAGAAUGUGAGCUGUUUAGCACGACACCUCACUAACAUGGACGAUUCUUCUUACAAUACUGUCAUCUUCCCUCUAUCAUACGUACACACACAGGGUUAUUUGACAGAGACAGCAAUGGAACCAUUGAUGUCCAGGAAUUCUCCCAGCUCUGGCAGUACAUCAAUCAGUGGAAGGGGGUAUUUGAUCGCUACGACCGCGAUCGCUCCGGCAACAUCGACCUCGGCGAGCUACUCACCGCCUACAACGAGAUGGGGUUCAGAGUCUCCACCCAGUUCUGUCAACUCGUCGUCAUGCGCUUCGACCGCCUCGCAAAGAAGAGCCUGAAGUUUGACGACUUCAUACAGAGUUGCGUCAUGCUGCGAUCGCUCACGGAUGCGUUUCGAACGAGAGAUACCAACCUCAACGGAGUCAUCACCGUUAGCUACGAAGAUUUUAUGACCAUGGCAAUUUCCAACAAGCCAUGAGUCCCUAUUGACCGACCAGAUUGGUCACACACAUUAUAAUACGUAGUUUUUUGACAUAAAUUUACAGUUCCAUGUGUAUUAUACGGUUUUGAUAGUCAAUUUAAAUGCACACGCUAAAAAAACAACUGGCAAAAAUGGUUUUGGUAUGCACAAUAAUUAUGUGCAGGUGAAGGGAGGG